UGUAGAUGCACAAACCAUAACUAAUGUAAUUUAUACUACUACUAGGCCUGUGUGAGUUAGGUUUUACUUUUUAUUUUUUUAUGGUCGUGAGAGACUUUGUGUUUUUACAUAGGUAUUACUUUAUAAAUCACAUGCGUGUUAACUGACAAUUGCUGCAGAAAGUUUUUCAAAUUUUAAGUUAAUCUUUUUUUUUUGUGGGUUGGUGGACAAACGAAAACUCGAAAAAGAAGAAAUAUAUUCAAACUCAAAGUAGAUUAAUAUGUCAUUUAGAAUAGUGAGACAGAGCAAGUUUCGCCAUGUGUUUGGCCAACCACUCAAGAGGGAACAGUGCUAUGACAAUAUUAGAAUAACCAAAAAUUCAUGGGACUCCAAUUUUUGUGCUGUCAAUCCAAAAUUUUUGGCAAUCAUUACAGAAAUAGCAGGAGGUGGAGCCUUUCUUGUGCUUCCUCUUCAGAAAACUGGGCGGCUCGAUGUUAGCUAUCCUCAAGUGACAGGCCACAAGGGACCUGUAAUGGACAUUGCUUGGUGUCCCCACAAUGAUCAUGUUAUAGCUAGUAGCUCAGAUGACACAUUAGUUCGUGUCUGGCAGAUUCCAGAAGAUGGGUUAGUGUGCCCAAUGAUAGAUCCAGUUGUGGAGCUGGCUGGGCAUCAGAAAAAAGUAGGACUUGUACAGUGGCAUCCAUCUGCUAGUAAUGUUCUAUUGAGUGCUGGUGCUGAUUGUAGGAUCUUGAUCUGGAAUAUUGGAACAAGUGAACUUCUCUCCGAAAUCUUGCACCCAGAUAUUAUAUUUGACUGCUGCUGGAGCUGGAAUGGCAGUUGCUUGGCAACAACAUGCAAAGAUAGAAAAAUCAGAAUUUAUGACCCUCACUCAGGAGAGAUUGUGCAGGAAGCCAUGGGCCAUGAAGGUGCCAAGCCACAGCGUGUUCAUUACCUCCGAAGUGGUAUGAUUCUUACAACAGGGUUUUCUAAGAUGAGUGAACGACAGUAUUCUCUAAGGAAGGAGAAUGAAUUGGCCAAUCCUCUUUGCUUGGAAGAACUGGAUGUAAGUAAUGGAGUAAUGGUACCGUUUUAUGAUCCAGAUGUGAACCUUCUCUAUCUUUCUGCUAAAGGGGAUAGUAACAUUCGUUACUUUGAGAUCACUGAUAAAGCUCCAUAUAUUCACUACAUUAACACCUAUCAAUCAACUACUCCACAACGAGGCAUGGGCAUGAUGCCAAAGCGUGGCUGUGACAUCAGCCGUUGUGAAAUUGCUAGGUUUUUUCGUCUACUUUCCAGUGGCUUUUGUGAAGUACUAUCAUUUACCGUACCAAGAAAGUCUGAUAGGUUUCAGGAUGAUCUAUAUCCGCUAACUUUGGCUGACAUGCCAGCCAUCUCUGCUGAAGAAUGGGCUGAAGGAAAGGAUGCAGAACCAUUACUGGUCUACCUGAAAGAUGGUUAUGUUCCUACCCAAAAACAAGAGUUGAAGGUAACAAAAAAGUCCAAUAUUCUUGAUAAAAUGGUAUCUAAGAAGUGUGAGCCAUCAAGUGAGCCUGCUUCUAUUCAACCUGAAAAGAAUUUAGAAGAUUUGUUAAAUGAAAUAAAAACUCUUCAGGCUACUGUUCUUCAACAUGAGAAGCGAAUCAAGGAGCUGGAAAACAAAGUUGAGUCUUCAUGUCAUGCUUUAUCUGAGCACACGCAGGUUUUAAAUAAUCAUGGGGAUACUAUUGAUCUUUUAGUUGAUGAGGUUUAAUGUUUUUCUUUUACAGUGUUUCAAAUAUAACCUUUGUGCCUAGGCAAUACAUAAAUUCAUCGGAAUAAAAAUUGAGUAAGAAUACAAGAGAAAAAGUGAUAGUUUCAUUUUUUGAUGUAAGAGAUCAAUAUACAAAUCAUAAAUUUAUUUUAUUAUUGAGUUUUAAGCCAAAAAAAAAAGAACAGAACAUUCUUAACAUAUACUAAGUUGUAAAGCAAGAGCAUUAAAUAAGAAAUGUGCCAGUAGUACAAGAAGACUGUAAAUAUCAGCAGAAAUAGGCAAGAUUACAAUUGUAAAAUAACCUAUAAUAUGUUGAUAUACAGUUAUUUUGUAUAGUUCCUUCAUAUGUGGUUUGUAAUCUGAUGUGCGUGUUGUAUGUUUCAUACAUGCAUAUAUGAUAAAAGUUUCUAUAAUUUGUCAAAAAGUAUUUUAUUAGUAUUUAAACAGUUUUCGUAGUUAAAUUAGUGUAACCAAUUUUUACCAUAUAGUUCAGGAUAACCCUUUGCAUAUUUUGCAGCUGUCGUUAAGUUAGAUUCGUUGAUUUUAUUUUAAAUUUUAUGAUAAUUAAGACACAUCAAACAAUGGAAUAAAAAAACUGGUAUCAUUUAAAUAAUGAUCAUAAACUUACAGAACUUGCCUAAUGACCUGUAAAGUAUAAACUGAGAUUUACAGAACUUGCCUAAUGACCUGUAAAGUAUAAACUGAGAUUUACAGAACUUGCCUAAUGACCUGUAAAGUAUAAACUGAGAUUUACUGAACUUGCCUAAUGACCUGUAAAGUAUAAACUGAGAUUUACAGAACUUGAGAUAUAGUAACUUAGUUCAUUAAAGCAACGGUUUCCAGACUUUCAGCACAUCUGAGUAACCAAAUAAUCUUAUGGAACCAAUGAGGAACUGUUGGAGGGGGAAGUUACACUUACAAUAUAUUUCAAUAAAGUCUAGUAGUGCUCUUUUCUGUUGUGUUUGUUUUAUUGGUUCAGAAACAUUGUAGGAUCAUUAUUUUUUAAAUGAUUUUAGAACAUAAAUAUAUUUAUGUUUUAGUUUCUUGACUGCCACCCACUUCAAAAAAACUUUUGUCCCACCAAUGGUUUUGGUUUCAACUUGUUUAUUAGUAGUUGUUUGUACUUCUGUUUUCACAUUCUGUAAUAGUGUUAUAGAUUAUGCUGUAUCUGUCUUUGUUUUUGUUGUUUUAAUGCUCUUGAAGACAUCGAACUAUAGAUAUGAUGUAUAAUCUUCUGUACUGGUACAUCAUGUUUAAUUGCACAAAUGUAAGAAUUUUAUCUUUGAAAACAAAGUAGUCCUGAAAUUUGUUUGAAGGCUUGAAUGUGCACAUCAUUUUUAUGUUUGGAUAUCCACUUUUCUAAUUAAUUUUUUUAGCUGCUGCUGCAUUAUUUUUAAUCCAUGCAAAUCCAUAAAGAGCAAAGUGAUAAAUAUUUCUUUUUUUGGGAUGAUGUUGUCCACUUCUAUUGUUUAAGGGUUGAAACACUAAACAUAAACUCCUUUUAAAUAUUCUAAAGUCUUGUAAUUGCAAUAGUAUUUCUUUAGAUUUGUCUUAAUAUUAUCUAUUUCUUGUAAAUAGAUUAAAAUUUUGAUUAAAUUUUCUUUAAAUAUUAUUAAAAUGAAAUUCAAACUGUCCCAGUUAAUAUACAGAGCAGAAAAAUAUAGGCCUGUGCUAAAUACCAACCUCAAAGUCAUCUUUGAUCUUAUUUUAUAUGAUUGUAUUUCAGAAAGGCAGCAUAGAUUCUUGUUGAUAUUCCUUGAAAAAUUUAAUGUUUUUAUGCUUUUCAUUAAGAUAACUUAAAAAAUGAUGAUGCAUAUUCCAGUUUCUGUAAAAAUUAUAAUAAUGUCAUCCAUGUUUUGGAAAUUUAUUCUCAUAGUGACAUGAAAAUAUUUGCCAUUGUAGGUACUAUACUUGAACCAACCUUCAGCUGAAAUAUUUCUUUGUUGAAAAUAGUGUGAUUACUCUUUUGCCAUUUCCAUUAAAUUCUUAAAAAGUUCUAAAUAUGUGUUAGUUAUAUUUGUCAUUAUAGAGCACAUCCAAGCAAAUGUUAAGUUUCAUUUAGUAAAUGAAGAUUCAACAUUCAGUUUGACCAUAUUAUAUAUACAUCUUUACUAAAGUUCAAGCUUGUUAUUUUCUCUAAAAACUCAAGACUAUCCUUUAAACUAACUUUGUUUUAAUGUAUUCCUUUUGAUUGUUAGUUAUAUACCUGGACAGCUUUUUAUUGCAACAGCCAAUAUCUGAUACAAUGAAUCUUAUCAGAGAAUUUUCAUUGUACAUUUUUAAUUGUUCAUAUAAAAUCUGAGCAUGUGAACCUAUUGGUUUAAUUUCUUGAUAAAUUUUGUGAAAUAUGCUCUGUUGUUUUAGUUUAAGUAAGUAUCUGUUUAACUUCUCCCCUGCCCAUGUGGUUAGGGUGCUUGACUCGCAAUCUGAGGGUCGUGGGUCGAAUCCUCAUCCCACUAAAAAUGCUUGCCUUUUCAGCCAUGGGGCAUUAUAAUGUGAUGGUAAAUCCCACUAUUUGU